GUAUCUUCAGGCAUAAAUUUGACUGGCUUAUUUGGCCUGGACUGUUGCUUUUCUUGAUAGCAUCACAGCUCAACGUCCCGUCUCUUGAUAGCUCCCGAUACUAGAUGGUUCUCUCUAGAUCCUGUUAAUCCCAUGAAUACCACCUGCUAUUCCAAGCCUUGACUCACCUCAUCGGGGCUCAACACCGCUAUGGAAAAAUCCCUGCCCCCUCUAGACGCGGCGUGGGACCCGACCCUGCAGACAGACGACGGAGAGGAAUACUGCUGGACACCACUGCAGCUCGCCGCCAGAGGCGGAGACCUAGACACAAUCCGGGCCAUCCUUGCCGCCGACCGGGCCGCCGUCAACGGGCCCCCGCACGGGUACUACGGACAGACGGCCGUCCAGGCUGCAAGCAUGCACGGCCACGAACAGGCCGUGCAGAUGCUGGUCGACGCCGGCGCCGAUAUCCACUUUUGCGGGGGCAACAACUUCCAAAGAAAUGCCUUGCAGAUCGCUUGCGGACAUGGCAACGAGAAGGUCGUUGAUAUCUUGCUCAGCGCUGGGGCGAAAGUUGACGAGGUGUCAUUGAAGCCUGUGUCGCAUCCUUCGCUUCACGGGUCACCAGCAGCAGCAUCGUCAUCGGUUGUCGUGACGCGGUAUAACGGAAGAACGGCACUUCAGGCAGCCGCAGAGCGAGGACACGAACACCUCGUCAGCCGGCUCCUGCAGCUGGGAGCCGAUGUGAAUGCCCCGCCAUCACCGACGGCGGGGUACACGGCAUUACAAGCUGCAGCGGGCGGCGGAUACCUGACGAUGGUGAAGCUUCUUCUCCAACAUGGGGCUAAUGUCAAUGGUGCCUCGGCGAAGUAUAAGGGCUACACGGCUCUGCAGGGUGCAUGUCUGCGAGGUCAUCUAGAGAUCGCCGAUCUUCUUCUCCGGGAAGGCGCCGAUGUCCACGCCGUGGGAGGCAAUUACGGGGAUGGGAUGGCUUUGCAUGCGGCAGCUGAGAAGGGCCGUGUAGACUUGAUCGAGCGCUUGUUGGCGGCCGGUGCGGAUGUGAAUGCUUGUAGUUACAAGGGACGGAGAGGGCAGACUGCGCUUCAGAGUGCUGCGGUUGGAGGUCACGAGGAAGCGAUGCAGGUUCUGAGAGACAAUGGUGCUCGAGAAUAUGUCCUCUUCUUUGACGAGGUCGAUUCCAGCUUUGACAGCGCGACGCCUUUAGUUGUCUUCGAGAGUCUCGUCCUCGUGGCGUAUCUUGGCCACUCCGGCCAUGGCGGUUGUGGCAAGGAGGGCGGUGAGGGCGAGUGCGAUGAAGAAAUCGAUGGAGACGAUCACGAAGACGACGCGGACAGAUUCGAUCCUGAUGAAGAGCUGUCCGCAGCCUCUGAAAAUAGCUCAGAUCAAGGGCGCUCGGGCGACGAAUACCCUUCAUUACGAGAAGUCCUUGAUCGCAAGGAUGUUUGCUUGUUCUGCAAUCAGAUCUCGGCUCUCUUCAACACCUGGUCCCAAAGAUUCUAG